GCAUCAGACUCACAAAAGGAAGCUUUUUGGUAGGAGAUGCGUUGCCUGCUGACAACCCAGAACCAGAACUGCUACAGAGAGCAGAUCCAGAAGGAGAUGUUGGCUCGGCUGGCUUGGAAAAACCGCUAUGCCGAGCUUUACCCGUCCUGCAACAACCCUCGAAGCAUCAGCACGGAGCCACCACAGCCGCCACACCUCCCUGCUGACCCCCGGGCCGUCCUGCCUCCAGUUACCAGGACACCUGAGAAGCGGAGCGACCUUCCUCCUCCUCCUCCUCCUCCUGUGCGCUCUGUGGAAGGGGAACAGCGGCCCACCGUGACCCCCCUGAUGAGGCCAGUGUCCCACCAGACCAGAUUUGCUCUCUAUCAGGACUCCUCUCACCACGGGAAAGGACGGCGUCUGUACCUGCAGAGGCGUGGCCAGAUCACACCUGAGGAGAAGUUUGAUUUCCCACUGCUCUCGUCCUGGGAGUACGGGUGGAGGCUGGGUGACUUCAGUCUGGAUUACAGAACUCCGUCUCGUGCCAAGUCGUCAGUGGUGAAAAACACCUUCUACGCCAAGAACGGCGUGUUCAGCAGCCCAUCAGCCACCGACAAACUGGGCUGAAGUUCAGCCUCCAGACACCAGGGGUCGCUCCUGUUCAGGGGGUAUUUCAGUAUCUCUUGGUCAUAUCCAUUAAAACACAGUCCUUUUUUGUUUUGUUUUGUUACCACGUAUUUUAAAUUUUGUGAGACUGAAUAUUUUUUGUUUGGAAACUAAUUGAUCAGAUUUAACAAAUCUGAAAGGACAGGAAAUAUUCAUGACUGUAUCGAAGGGGCCUGCCCAGUCAGAUAACUCCAUCCAGAAAUCCUUCCUCUAACACGCUCUGUUUAGCAGUCACACACCUGUAAGGUUAAGUAUCUGCCAAGCUGAUCCUCUGUGAUGGAUAAUUAAUGAGCUUCUGGCCAGGUAUGCGUCAGAAAGAUGUUCACCUGAUAGCUCGAUGUUUUUAAAUGGUGAGCGGCUGCAGGAAAUGUCACAAACCACAAUGUUAAAAAUUUUAUCAUGGUGAUUCCAUUGUGCUUCCUUCAAGCAGUGUAAUUUAUUCUUGUCAUACAGAUAAAUGCAGGUGCAUAGUCUAAAGUGUAAACUUAUUUAAUGUUUUGAUAAGAUCUUUUUAUCUAUUAUUACUAUUAUUCCAUCUAUCUAUUAUCUUUUAUUUCCUUUCUCUGCUCCCACGUUUGUUUCCGCAUGAUAAAACUCCCCCACUGACCAGAAUUUGUGAACACGUUUCAUGAAAAGUCCAUCAUUGUGUUUCUGACUGACCUGCGCUGUUUGUGGAGGAAUGUGUUAGGGACUAUUUUCAGCGGCAGAUUAAUCCACAUUUGCUGCUGUAGCGAAUAUUUUCAGCAGCAGGACGGGAUUGAGUCAAAAUAAACUGCAGUUUAUUUAUAUUGAUGUGUUUUAAAGUUCAUAGAUUUUGUUGAUCUUUAUGGCACGGAGGAAUAAGAUGCAACAGGCUUUGGACACACAGAAAGUAGGAUUAAACAGUUUACUGUACUUCUGUGAUUAACAACAAAUAAGAGGAGAAUAAUGUCAGUCUUUCAACAUCUUUAAAGUAAAAUAAUUAAAGCCCAAAUACUCUAAUCCACUCUACUGCAUAUGAGCAUGAUGCUGAUGGAAAUGUGAAAUGUGUAUCUGCUUGAAUACACCUGAACAGUAGCAUGUCUCUAAGUAAACUGUCAUUUCCUAGCCUGGGAUCAAUAAAGUAUAUCUGUCUAUCUAAACUAAUAUCCAGAUUUCCUAUUGACAGUCACCACUUUGUCCUCUUUAAAUUUAACUGCAAACUAAUCAAUCAUCAAUCAGUCUUUCCACUCAAUGUAAAAUAUUAGAUUAGAUUAGAUUAGAUUCAACUUUAUUGUCAUUACACAUGUACAAGUACAAUGCAAAUAUCUUUCAAAAAUAUAAAAGCUUUUCAUGUCAUGCCUUUGACUGACAUAAAAAUUACACGCACACGAACGCGUGAACGCACACGUGACGAGAAUUUCACCUUGUGUAGAAAACAACGUGUG